AUGUAUCUUGCUUGUGAGAGAAGUGGCCAAUAUAGAGCAAUAAAGAAGUUAAAACAUGAUGGCAACAAUACAUCAAGAAUAACCGGUACGAAGAAGUGUGGUUGUCCUUUUGAUAUGAGGGCUCACAGGUUUACCACACAUGAUGAAUGGACAUUGACCGUAGUAUGCAGAUUGCAUAAUCAUCCACCUGCGGAGCACCUCGAGGGACAUUUAUAUGCGGGGAGGCUAUCAAAGGAUGAGAAAGCAUUGCUAAUGGAUACGUCAAAGAGCAUGGUUCGGCCAAAAGAAAUCCUAGUAACCUUGAAACAGCGAGAUGCCCUCAAUGUAAGCACACUUAAAACCAUUUACAAUGUACGCCAUCGAGACAGGGUGGUACAGAGAGCUGGAAGAUCACAGAUGCAACACUUAUUGGGUGAAUUGGCCAAGUAUAAUUACAUUGAGCGCCAUCGAUAUCGGCUUCCUCUUCUUGAAAUUGUGGGAGUGAUAUCAACUGAAAUGACAUUCUCUAGAGCUAGCCUUGAUGAAUGCCAUACAGAAGAUAUUCCCGAGUGCCAGACAUUUAUUAUGUCGUUGGCAUAUCAGUAA